AUGACUACAGAAAAUUCGGAUAAAUAAGAUAAAGAUACGCAAAAUCAAUUAUUUUUAAUUGAUAAAUUAGAUACGUUUAACAAUUAAAAUUAAAUUAAAAAUUAUUAAAAACUUUAACUCAUAAUAUAUAAAAAGAAAAGAAAGCAGAUGCUAAACAGGGUCUUAAGAAAGUUCUUCUCAUCUGGUGUGGAGAGAUAAUGCACAAUUUCAUAUCUUGAUGGUAAAAACUAAGGAGUUGCAUUAGUUGAACUCAAUAACCCUUCCAAGAGAAAUGCAUUAUCAAAUAAGCUUGUUGCUGAUUUAAAGGAAAUUAUCCAUGAAUUAAAUUCAAACUCCAAUAUUAGAGUUGGUAUUUUGAGAAGCAAAACACCUGGAAUGUUCUGUGCAGGUGCAGACUUAAAAGAAAGACUCGGUUUAUCAAACUUCUAAACUGAACUUUUGGUUGAAAAUUUAAGAAACACUUUUGAUGCAUUAUACCGCGUUCCCGUUCCUAUGAUAGCUGCUAUUGAUGGUCCUGCUCUUGGAGGUGGUUUAGAAAUGGCUAUAUCAUGUGAUAUUAGAAUUGCAACAAAGAAGAGUUUACUUGGCUUACCUGAAACUGCCUUAGCUAUAAUUCCAGGAGCUGGUGGUACUUAAAAAUUACCAAGAUUAAUUGGAGUAGCAAAAGCUAAAGAACUUAUUUUUACUGCUGCUAAAUUAUCACCUUAAGAGGCUUUAGAAUUAGGAAUCUUGAAUUAUGUAGAAGAAGAUUAUGAUUCUGCUUAUAACAAAGCUUUAACAAUUGCUGAGUUAAUUCUUAAAAACGGUCCUAUUGGAGUACGUGCUGCAAAGGCUGCUAUUAAUUUAGGAAGUGAAGUUGAUUUAAAAACAGGUUUAGAAAUUGAAAAAAUGCAGUACACAAAAGUAGCAAACAGUGAAGAUAGAAUUGAAGGUCUUAAGGCUUUCGCUGAAAAGAGAUCUCCUGUUUACAAAGGAAUUUGA